CAUGGUGGGGUGCUCCUUGCUUUGAAAUCGGCGCGGCCUCGGCAGGCGCUUCGGAUGAUGCGUGAGCUCCACAGCUCGACCUCGUUUUCCCUUACCUUACCUCUAGGAACCUGGAAGCUUCCGCACGCAACGCCAUUGGGAGUAGUGUAUACGCACCAUGUCUGCACCGUCGAAAUCGCGAUGGGCAAACGAAGACCCCGAAGAAGAAGCUGCCAUUGCGCGGCAAAAACGCGAAAAGGAGGAAAAGAAACGCGCCAAAGCUGAAAAACAACGAAAGCUGGAACAGCAAAAACAACCGCCCGCCACACAAGACAAGAUUGAAAAACUUGAAAAUGCAGCAGAAAGACCAUCAAAGCGACGGCGACUCUCCAACGAACCAGGUACGUCCGCUGAAAACGCGGAAAUUGAGACUCGCCGCAAGCUUCUCCAGUUCCCAGCGCCAGAGUGGGCACCGUGUCGUCAUGUCGACAACUACCAAAGGCUCAACCAUAUCGAAGAAGGAUCUUAUGGGCUAGUUUCGCGUGCGAAGGACCUGGUGACAGGAGAAAUCGUCGCCCUCAAGAAGCUGAAAAUCGAUAAAUCGCCUGAUGGAUUUCCUGUCACCGGGCUACGCGAGAUUCAGACUCUACAACGCGCGAGACACAACAAUAUUGUCCGUUUGCGUGAGAUUGUCAUGGGGAAUAACAUGAAUGAUGUAUACCUCGUUAUGGACUUUCUCGAACAUGACAUGAAAACCCUACUUGAUGACAUGCAAGAACCGUUUCUCCCAUCGGAGAUCAAGACCCUACUUCAACAAAUGAUCUCAGCCACGGAAUUCCUCCAUUCGCACUGGAUUCUACACCGCGAUUUGAAAACCUCGAACCUGCUGAUGAACAACCGUGGCGAGAUCAAGAUCGCUGAUUUCGGCAUGGCAAGGUAUUACGGUGACCCGCCGCCGAAGCUGACACAGCUGGUCGUGACUUUAUGGUACCGGUCUCCGGAAUUACUUCUCGGAGCGGAAUCCUACGGCCCUGAAAUCGAUAUCUGGAGUGUUGGAUGUAUUUUUGGCGAGCUUCUAACAACAGAUCCUCUCUUCCAGGGUAAGAACGAAGUUGACCAGCUGUCGAAAAUUUUUGCCGUCACUGGCCCCCCUACACAGCAGAUAUGGCCAACUUUCCGUUCCCUGCCCAAUGCAAAAUCUCUCCGUCUUCCACCAGGGUCGGCAUCAUCGUCAGGCUCACUCACAAACCCACCAUUACUUCCUCGCUCCAAAUUUCCAUAUCUGACAAAUGCCGGAUUGCAUCUCCUUUCAUCGCUGCUGGCGCUUAACCCUGCUGCGCGUCCAACUGCUGCAGAAUGCCUCAAGCAUCCUUACUUUCGGGAAGACCCCAGACCUAAAGCAAAGGAGAUGUUUCCCACCUUUCCCUCGAAAGCUGGGCAAGAAAGACGUCGGCGUAGAGCAACGCCUGAAGCGCCCAAACAUGGCGAAGAAGCUCCGCAUUUGGAUUUCGCUAAUGUUUUUGGGGGAGCAGCUGCUAGUGCUGAGGAGACAGGAGCUGGGUUUGCAUUGAGACUGGGCUAGAACUAUUCUAAACUUUACUAUAUCGUGAAGCUAUAUUCAUCGUUUUUAAGCAAUAUCUAUGUAAUAUAUCUCGAACGAAUAUAAAUUUUCGAUCGGACUGCUUAAUUACCUAUCAAAC